CACGCGGCGGCUCAGCCCUCCCAGGCUUUUGCCUUGCUGCUCCCGGGGUCCCCUUGGCUCGCGCAUCUUGUCAGUUGCCUCUUCGAGCAGCACCCUCAGGUGAGGGCGGAGCGAAGCACCACCCUGAGGAUCCCACAAGGUGCUGUGGCUUUGACAAUGGUGACUGGAUGUCGCUGCCCAAGUACUCUCAGGGAUGCCUCUUUCCUGGGACUCCUCGUUCUUCGCUGAGGCAGUAGAGGAAGCUACAGCGAGGGGCAAGGGGGGCACAUCUUCCCAUCCAAGUUCCGCUUGCCUUUGAGGCAACUUAACUCAUCCAACCUCCAAAGACACAUCAUGACUCUGGAAGGCCCAUGUUGGGCAAGGAGAGAACCUGGAGGCUUCCUUACAACCUGGGGUCCUCCAGCUCAGAUUCUGCUGGCCUGGGUGGUUCUAUCGUGCAUGGAAAAUGGUCAAGGCUACUGGGAUGAGACCCUGAAAUCUGCGAGUCCAGACCAUGUGAGAAGGCGUGGCAGGCCUGCCAUCAUUUUGCAGGGGCCUAAUGUCUGUGGUUCCCGCUUUCAUGCCUACUGUUGCCCUGGCUGGAGAACUCUGCCUGGCAGGAAUCAGUGUAUUGUCCCUGUCUGCAGGCAUGCCUGUGGCAAUGGCUUCUGCUCCCAGCCCAACCUGUGUACCUGUAUGGAUGGCACCCUGGCCCCCAGCUGUGGCGUAGGUAGAGCAUCACUGGGGUGUAGCAUGAGCUGCAUGAAUGGGGGCAGCUGCCGAGGGGAAUCCUGUCUAUGCCAGAAAGGCUACACGGGCACUGUGUGUGGACAACCCAUCUGUGUCCACGGCUGCCGUAACGGAGGACGCUGCAUUGGGCCAAACCUCUGUGCGUGUGUCUAUGGAUUCAUGGGGCCUCAGUGUGAGAGAGACUUCCAGAUGGGGCCCUGCUACCCCCACGUGAGUCCUGAGGGGUGCCCGCACCAGCUGACAGGUCUUAUGUGCACCAAAGCUCUCUGUUGUGCCACUGUGGGCCAUGCCUGGGGACUUCCCUGCCAGCUCUGCCCUGCACAGCCACACCCCUGCCGCCGAGGCUUUACCCCAAAUGUUCAUACAGGAGCCUGCCAAGAUGUGGAUGAGUGCCAGGUCAUCUCAGGCCUGUGCCAGGGCGGCAGCUGUCUCAAUACAGUGGGCUCCUUCAAGUGCCACUGUCCUGCUGGACACCAGUUCAAUAUCAGAGGUGCCAAAUGUGAAGAACGCCAGGUGGGCACCUGCUUCUCAGUGCUUAUCAGAGGUCAGUGUGCUGCAGGUCUCACUGGCCACUACACUCACAGACAGUGCUGCUGUGACAAGGGCAGGUGUUGGGCGACUGGUCCAUCCCCAAAGCUGUGUCCCCCACGGGGUUCUGGUGAAUUCCUGAGACUGUGUGCCCAAAGGCUCCCACUGCUGCCCGCCUAUGCAGACUUCUUCCCUGGACUCUCAGAAGUUGGAUCCAAUAACCUGGGCUCUGCCCUAGGGCCAGCACAACACAACCACCGUGGUUCCAAUGGGCAUGGGCACCAACGUUCCACACUGAGCUCUGGCAACUCCAACAGUGACGUGAGGCUGGGGCUGUGUUUCCUACAUUGGGAUGAGGAUGACUGUGGAAUUCCCUUGCCUGGCAAGUAUCAGAUGGAUGUCUGUUGCUGCUCCAUUGGGACAUCAUGGGGAGCUGAGUGCAAGGUUUGCCCAGAGCCCAGCUCCCCAGAAUUCUUCAAACUGUGUCCCCAAGGGCUGGGCUUUGCCAGCCAGGACUUCCUAUCUGGCCGACCCUUCUAUAAAGAUGUGAAUGAAUGCCAGGUGUUCCCUGGCCUGUGCACACAUGGCACCUGCCGCAAUUCUGUGGGCAGCUUCCACUGCUCCUGUGACAAAGGCUUUGCCCUGGAUGCCCGAGAAAGGAACUGCACAGACAUCGAUGAAUGUCGUAUCUCACCUGACAUCUGUGGCCACGGUUCCUGCGCCAACACCCCAGGCAGCUUUAAGUGUGAUUGUUUUCCCGGUUUCACUAGUGGCUCUUUGCUGAUGAAGAACUGCGUGGAUGUAGACGAAUGUGCUAAGGAUCCGCUGCUCUGCCAGAGAGGCACCUGCAUCAACACGGAAGGGAGCUAUGAGUGUCGCUGUCCCCCUGGACAUGAGCUGAAGGCCCAAGGCACUGCCUGUGAAGACAUCGAUGAAUGCACCACGAGUGACAGCCUCUGUCCCCAUGGCCAGUGCAUCAACAUCAUCGGUGCUUUCCAUUGCUCCUGCCACACAGGUUUCCAGAGCACUCCUGAUGGCCAGGACUGCGUGGAUGUGGAUGAAUGUGAAGACAACCUAGGCAUCUGUGGAGAAGGCCAGUGUACCAAUGUGCUGGGAUCUUACCAUUGCAUUUGCUAUGAUGGCUUCUCAGUCUCACCGGACAUGAAGAUUUGUGUAGAUGUGAAUGAGUGUGACAUGAAUCCCCAACUCUGUCUCCAUGGGAACUGUGAGAACACAAAAGGAUCCUUUACCUGUCAUUGCCACCUGGGCUAUGCCAUCAGGAAGGGAGCUCCAGGCUGCUCUGAUGUGGACGAAUGUGAGUUUAAAAGACACAGUUGUGACAGGCACGCCUCCUGUCUCAAUAUCCCUGGGAGUUUCUUCUGUAGAUGCCACCCAGGCUGGACUGGGGAUGGCUUCAAAUGCCACGACCUGGAUGAAUGCGCGAUCCAGCAACAUCGUUGUGCUCCGGAAGCUGGCUGCCUCAAUACCCUGGGCUCCUACCACUGCACGUGCCAACCAGGAUUUGUUGGAAAUGGCUUAUUCUGUGAAGACAAGGAUGAAUGCAUGGAGAAUGUGGGCCUCUGUGAUAAUGGACAGUGCCUCAAUGUAGCUGGCGGGUACCACUGUGAAUGUGAUAUAGGCUUCAACCCUACCAAGAACCAGCGAGCUUGCUGGGAUGUGGACGAGUGUGCUCUUGGGAACUUGUGCAUGUUCGGGAACUGUGAAAACCUGCCUGGAAUGUUCCACUGCAUCUGUAAGGAUGGCUAUGAACUGGACAAAACUGGAAGCAACUGCACAGAUGUCGACGAGUGUGCAAAUCCUGUGAACUGUGUCAAUGGCCUGUGUGUUAACACCCCUGGCAGCUACCUCUGCAACUGCCCCCAGGACUUUCAGCUUACCUCCAGUGGGACCGGCUGUGUUGAUACCCAGACCGUGAUCUGUUUCCUGGAUGUGCAAGACCAAGAUGACGGUGGCAUUUCCUGUAGUGCAGAGAUUGGAGUUGGUGUCAGCAGAGCGUCUUGUUGUUGUUCCCUGGGUCGGGCCUGGGGAAACCCCUGCAAGCUGUGUCCAACAGGCAACACCUCAGAGUAUAGGACCCUGUGCCCCGGUGGUAAGGGUUUCCGACCAAAUCCCAUCACUUUGAUUCUGGAAGACAUCAAUGAAUGCCAGGAGCUACCCAGACUGUGCCAGGGAGGCAACUGCACCAACGCCUUCGGUACCUUCCAGUGUGAGUGUCCUCCUGGAUACAGCCUCAGCGAAGAUACCCACACCUGUGAGGAUAUUGAUGAGUGUCUGAGUCUGCCAGGGACCUGUCUGCCAGGCACCUGUCAGAACUUGGAAGGCUCCUUCCAGUGCAUCUGCCCCCCUGGCUUCCAGGUGCAGAGUGGCCAUUGCAUUGAUACUGAUGAAUGCUUGGAGGAGCCCAGCCUCUGCUUUCUUGGCACCUGUGCCAACAGUCCUGGGACCUUCCAGUGUCUCUGCCCUUCUGGUUUUGUCCUCUCUGACAGUGGACACUACUGUUCUGACAUUCGCCAGAGUUUUUGCUUCACCCGGUUUGAAGCCGGAAAGUGUUCAAUGCCCAAAGCUUUCAACACCACGAAGACCCAGUGCUGCUGCAGCAAGAACCCUGCAGAGGGUUGGGGGGAGCCCUGUGAACUGUGCCCUCAGAAGGACAGUGUUACUUUUCAGGAGCUCUGUCCCUUUGGCCAUGGGGCUGUCCCAGGCCCAGAUGGCUCCAGAAAAGAUGUGAACGAGUGUUCAGAGAACCCUGGCAUCUGCACUGACGGUCCCUGUGUCAACACUGACGGCUCCUUCCAUUGCAAGUGUCCCUUUGGCUACAGCCUGGACUUCACCAGCACCUCCUGCGUUGACAUUGAUGAGUGCUCCCUGAAUCCACUGCUCUGUGCUUUCCGCUGCCACAACACUGAGGGCUCCUACCUAUGCACCUGCCCAGCUGGCUACACACUGAGGAAGGAUGGUGCCAUGUGCCAAGAUGUGGAUGAGUGUGCAGAUGGGUCUCCGGAUUGCCACACCCGAGGCAUGCUGUGCAAAAACCUCAUCGGCACCUAUGCCUGUAUCUGCCCGCCUGGCAUGCAGCUCCAGCCCUCUGGGGAGGAUUGCACAGAUGAGGAUGAAUGUCAGGCCCAGUCCAGCCUCUGUGCCCAUGGUCGCUGCAUCAACACAGUGGGAAGCUUCCAGUGUCAUUGCGAUGAGGGUUUCCAUCCCAGCCCCACCCUCACUGAGUGCCAUGAUACUCGGCAGGGGCUCUGCUUCUCUGAGGUGCUACAGGCCAUGUGCCAGAGUUGGUCAAGCAGUGGUGAGGCUGUACCCAGAGUCGAGUGCUGCUGCGGAGGCGGCCGGGGCUGGGGCCCCCAUUGUGAGCUCUGCCCCUUGCCUGGCACCUCUGCCUACAGGAAGCUCUGCCCUCAUGGCAAGGGCUACAGCACCAAAGGCCAAGAUGUGGAUGAAUGCCACAUGUUUGCUGACCUGUGCCACCAUGGCGAGUGUAUCAAUAGCAUUGGUUCCUUCCACUGUGACUGCCAAGCUGGGUAUACACCAGAUGCCACUGCCACUGCCUGCAUGGAUGUGGACGAGUGCAGCCAUGACCCAAAGCCAUGUGCCUUUCUCUGCAAAAACACAGAGGGCUCCUUUCUGUGUGCCUGCCCCCGUGGCUACCUGUUGGAGGAAGAUCUCAGGACCUGCAAAGACUUGGACGAGUGCACCUCCAGGCAACACAACUGCCAGUUUGUCUGUGUCAACACCAUAGGCACCUUCGCCUGCCGAUGUCCUCCUGGCUUCACGCAGCACCACCAGGCUUGCUUCGGGUUUCUCUGUGUAGCCCUGACCAUUGCCCUGAAGACCAGGCUGGCCUCAAACUCACAAAGAUCUGUCUGCUUCGGCCUCCCAUGUUCUGGGAUUAAAGAUGAUGAUGAGUGCUUGGCCCAACCUGGCCUCUGUGGCACCCACGGACACUGUCAGAACACCCCAGGCAGCUUCCGCUGUGAGUGUAAUAGAGGUUUCGUGCUGGACAGCUCAGGCCACAGCUGUGAAGAUGUAAAUGAAUGUGACAGACCCCAUCGCUGCCAGUUUGGCUGCCAAAACGAGCUGGGGGGCUACCGUUGCAACUGUCCCCAAGGCUUCACCCAGCAUUCCCAGUGGGCCCAGUGUGUGGAUGAAGAUGAGUGUGCCCUGUCACCCAUGGCUUGUGGCAGUGCCUCUUGCUACAAUACUCUUGGCAGUUUCUACUGUGUCUGCCCCUCUGGUUUCAGUUUCAACCAGGACCUUGGAGGCUGCCAGGAUGUGGAUGAGUGUGCAGAACAAGGCAGCCCCUGCAGCUAUGGUUGUGCCAACACUCCUGGUGGCUUCUUGUGUGGCUGUCCCCAAGGCUACUUCCGGGCAGGACAAGGACACUGCAUCUCUAGCCCUGGGUUCAGCUCUGGAUCUCAGGCCACCCCAGAUGAGGAAGAGUCACUCUCACCUGAAGCCUGCUAUGAAUGCAAGAUCAAUGGUCUCUCCCCUCAGGACCGACCAAGGCGCAGCACCCAUGGAGAUCAUCAGGUUAGCCUGGAUACCCUUGACGCGGAAGUCCCCUUGACAUUGAGCCUGAACAUCUCACACCUAGGCCAAGUCAAGCACAUCUUAGAAUUUCGACCAGCUCUUGAGAGUCUGGUAGGCCAGAUCCGUUAUGUUAUUGCCAGAGGCAACAACCAAGGUUUCUUCCAAAUGAGUCACCUGGCUGGCGUCAGCUCCCUGCAGGUUGGCCCUGGGAGACCAAGACCCGGGAAAUACCAGCUGGAGGUGGUGAGUAUAGCAGGAGCUCAGGGCCAACCAGGGCCAACAAACCAAGCCUUGCGGCUAACAGUCCAACUGCAACUGCUCUAGCAGAAAGAAUUUUCAGUGCACCUAGAUGUCCCAUGACAUCUGAAAGUGCAUAUUUUGCAACUGGCUAGAACUGAUCUCGGAGGCAAUGGCUUAGCAAGUUGAACCUCAAAACUCAGGAAAAGGGAAGCAUUACACUCUGACCUCAGAUGAACUCAGUCUUUGCAAACCUGGGGGACCCCCAACACCUCAACCUCUCCUGGACUCAGCUAGAAAUCUCAGCAUUCAUCCCUCCACCCCACAGCCAAGGUCAGCAGCAGGAAGGACCCCUGGUGUUCACUACUCCUCGUCUUCCUCAAGCUAAAAUUUCCAGACUAUACUAUGAUUCGCCAAGGGUGUUGGUGGAACAUGGGAAUAAGUGUCUAGGGUGGGUGUGGGGUUCAUCCCUCAGAGAAUCAAAAUGGAAAAGCCUUACCUGCCACAUCUUGACUAGCAGAUUCAUUCCCCAGAGUCAGAUCCAGGGUUCUAAAGAUACUUUUCUUUGAAACUGGAGAAAACAAUAAAGUCCUUGGGGGUUAAAUCUGCCUAUGGUGUUCUCAAAUAAGUAGAUGCUAUCUCCUCUUACAAAAGCCACACACACACACACACACACACACACACACACACACACACACUUGGGGAAGCUGGAGGACCCAAGUUGGUGCUGCCAGAAACAGACUUGUCUCACUGUCAUAAAAAAGAACCUUAUGUUAUUAAAACAUCUUAUAUGUCAUGUUCUGUAGAUCUCUGAAGUGCUUAAAGACCACAUGUGUAUCUAAAAUAUAUCUCAGUUUAAUCCUAAAAACAUACCGAACAUGAUUACAAGUUUGAUUAUAAUAGGUGACUAACUACUAACCAGAAUUUCUAUAUCACCCUAAAUGGUUUGUAAUAAUAACUUUCAAGGACUAGAAACAAGCUAUAUAAGUGCAAUACCUAAAACAAGAGUAGAAACGUAGCUACAGUAGGUUCUAAUAAAAAUAACUUUAAAUUUGCAUUAGUAGACAAAUAUCUUAAACAAGAGUAGAAACAUAUAUCCAAUAUAACAAAUAUAACUUUGAAUUUGUAUCCAAAAAUCCAUAACAAUAUAAAAUUUUUAAGACUAGUAGUUGUUUUUGUGGUUAAAAGUAGAUUCAAUAAUCUACCCUUUUAUCCUGUCAUUUCUAUAUCAUAGCACCCUUUCUUCUUUUAGAAAGAGAUUGACUAUGAUCAAUAACAAUUUGUAAUCAACCCCCUUAUAUGAAAGCAAACAUUCAUAACAAUAUUUUGGGAAUUUGGGCAUAGUUGUCUAGAGUACUUCCUGUUGAUUGGUGGGCACUGGUCAUCUUUGAAGGACCCUGAGAAAAUCAGGAUAAUUGUUAAGUCUUGGCUGGAGUAUUCUGUGAGGAUGACUCAUCUCAGUCAGUAGCCAGGAAGCUGUUCUGGAUGUUGGAUCACCUGGGCUAUCAUUUUCACUGGUGUCUGGUCUCUUUACUAUAAAAAUAUAUAAACUUUUAAAGGCAACAUACACAUCUGUAUUAAUACAAAUAUAAACUGUGUAUUGUACAAAGCCAGCUGAAGGUAGUUUUUUGUUUUUUGUUUGAGCAGGUAAAAUAUGCAUCAGUGUCCUAUAGUUACUUUAGGUUUAUUUUCCCGUGUCUAUAGUCAGGAUUUUUAGGGGGCUGUUCCUCAAUCACUUAACCCAGAACGAAUCCAGAGCUUCUCAUUUCC